AUGGCAAUUUCGGAUGUUGAGCAUAACACUGCCGUUCAGUUCAAAAAAUACAACAAUUUGAUAUUUUGCUUCAUUAUUCUGGCAGUAUGUGCACCGUUAGCAUAUAUUCUUGGUCAAUUAUUUCUCAAAUACAUUGAAAGUGAAGACUUCAAUACAAGCAGAGAGAAGAUCAGUUAUGAAGACGGCGUCGUCUCAGAUCAACCAUUCACGAAUGAUUGUAAAAACAGAAUCGUGGGGUACCACAUCAACUGGGAAACCCCUACAAUCUCUGUUAACCAACUACGAAAACUUACUCAUGUCAUACUUCGUUAUGUCAAAAUUCACCCAAACCGAACAAUUCAAUUUGUCGGAGAUAAAACCGACAAAAAAUUUGCGGAGAUCAAAAGAGCGGCCAGGAAGGUGAAUCCUCAAUUAAAAGUGAUGAUUGGAGUAGGUGAUUGGGAUAGUCUAGGGCAAUCUCAAAGUUCAAUUACAUCUCUGAUCAAGAACAAGGAAACCAAAAGAGUUAUACAAUCAAUAACUUCUUUUGUUGCACUUCACGACAUCGACGGAAUUGAUGUAUUCUGGACUUACUCAUGGCGACGGAGGCCAUCUGAACACAUUCAAUUCAUAAACGAACUCAGGGAAAAACUGACGAAAGUUGAAGUUAGAAACGGACUACAGAAGCGAUUCGUUAUAAGUCUGGCUCUUCCUGCAUACAUUCUAAAUAACGAAUAUCGACAUCAUUUGAAUAAUGUCAUCAGCUAUGUUGACUUUAUCACUCCUUUUUUCUACAACUUACCCGGUCUAAACCAUGGAAAGUUAAUAAAAUUCAUCGGACCAACUUCGCCAUUAUACGGAGGAAAUAGAGGAAACGUCGACGAAACGAUGAAAUAUUACGCAUGUACAACAAAAAACCUAAUAAACUGA